AUGCUCUACUCCAAAGGCGCCCCUGGAAUCUUUCUGCUACUCGCAAAACCCAACUUCACCACUCGCCCCAGCGUCAUUAUGCGUGACCGGGAUCCAGACACUGAAGCAAGGGUAUCAGAAGCAUUCCUACAGAGUCCCAGUAAUAUAUUCAGGUUAAUGCCUGUCAGCCUGAUGCAAAUGAUCAUCGGGAAUCUACACAUAAUCGAUGCACUCCAUUUCGGGCUUACUUGCACAGACGCCUGGUGCGCAGUAUGGCCUACCCUCAAGAAGUUCAGCCUCAGUUCUCUGGGUACCUGGGCGGGUACACCCAUAUUCUGCGGUGCAGAGGGAAUAAUGGAGUUGGAGAGCAUUGAACCGCCUGAGCUGCCUACGGGAGACUGGUACGUGCGGAGAGUAAACAGACUGCUUGAAGGUCGGUCAAUCGAUAGGAUUCGUCUGAGAAGGCGAUCCACAUUCACACAGAUGAACGGCCAGCGAGAUGGGAUCCCAGACCGACCAACAACGAAUCCAAGCCAACCGGCUGGCCUUGCGGGUGGCUUUGGGGUAUCGCAUGCCGUAUUUAACACGUCAUCGCGUAACCGGCGGAAUGUCAUAUCGAAUCGCGUACCAAAUGACCAACGGAAUGGCCUAUCGAAUGGCCAACGGAAUGGCCGACCGAAUGGGACCAGCCCAGAAGGGCCGUCACAGCCGGUCACGGGCCAUAUGAACGCCGAUAUGCCGGAUCGAACAAAUGGACAUAGUAUUCAUCAUAGGCAGCCGAACGCAGCUCCUAGAUCGAGAUCUUCGGAACGUGCUCAACAGCGAGCCAAUGUGAGCUACUCAGACCUGUUUAGUACAUUUGAUGGGAAUAAUCCAUUUGGCAAUCAUCCAAGCCACCCGCAUGGGGUUGCCCAUAAUCAUCCGAACGGUAUCCCUUUGAACCAAGGAGUCCGUGCAGAUGGUGUCGUUUCAGCCCGACAGAAUUAUAGGGAAGAACUUCGACGAGAUCAAAGGACCCGUCAAAUUUUGCUUGAAUUAAGGAAUAUGUCCAAUGGAGCGAACAGGACAAACGGGACAAACGGGACAAACGAGGUAAACGGGACAAACGAGGUAAACGGGACAAACGAGGUAAACGGGACAAAUGAGGUAAACGGGGCGAACGGGGUGAAUGGGACGAACGGGGUGAACGGGGUGAACGGAGUGGACAGAGUAAAUGGGAAUGUUCCAGUACACCCAUCGGGCUCUGGCGCACACAGGACAUUGACGAGAAUAGAAUCACUUCCAAUCUUCGUUCAUCAGGCCUGGGCCUUUUUCAACCAGACCAGAGAUGUAAUCAAUGACUGCUUACCUACCGAUCUCCUUUUGCCAGCCAAUGCAUAUAUCAGGACCGGCGCCUACUACCCAGUUGACCUGUUGACUAUCAUUAACCCUUGUCCAGCGAGCCUCUACCGCACCGAGCCGGGUGACGAAUGGGUCCUUAGAAGCCUGACGGCGCGCCAGUAUGUUCGCUCAACCGCCAUUGCUUUGCAUCCUGGAUACAUCAAAGGACCGUUUAUCAUGGGCAUCGGCUUUGGCGAAGUCGUCUUCGCCAUGACCGUGUGGACUCAUACGAGCAGGGGCCGCUGGGCUGGUCAUAGCCUAGAUAUCAUUCUUCUAAGCCAGCUAGAAGAAGACGGCGGCAAUUGGGAGGACGUAGGAGACUAUGUCAGGCGGUUCAUUCACGAGUCCUUCCGGAUGCAUUAUGGGGAGGACUGGCAGGAAGAGGCUGUGAAGCUUGCGUGGUAA